CUCCGUCGCGGCACAUCUCAGUUGUCCGCGCGCCGUCGAAGAUGCUGCUCGUGGUGGUUUUAGCCGUGGCGACGGCGUCCGCCGAGCCCCUGUUGCGCUCCUGCGAGCCCAUCCGCGUCGAGAUGUGCACGGGCCUGGGCUACAACCUCACCGGCAUGCCGAACCUCGGCGGCAACGACCUCCAGCAGGAGGCCGACUACACGCUCAAGUCUUUCUCGCCGCUGAUCCAGUACGGCUGCAGCGCGCAGCUGAAGCUCUUCCUGUGCUCGGUCUACGUGCCCAUGUGCACCGAGAAGGUGGCCAGCCCCAUCGGGCCGUGCCGGGGGCUGUGCGAGAGCGUGCGCUCCAGGUGCUACCCGGUGCUGAAGGGGUUCGGAUUCUCGUGGCCGGAAGCCCUGAACUGCAGCCGCUUCCCGACGGAGAACAACCACGAGCACAUGUGCAUGGAGGGCCCGAAGGACCGGGGGAUUGACAUCACGGCGCCGGUGGACGCGGCGGUGCAGAGGUUCGAGUGCGGGAGGAACCUGGUGGCCAACGACGUGGGGAACUGCGUGCCGGCGUGCGAGGGCCAGAGGAUGUUCGACGAGUCGGAGAAGAAUUUCGCUGAGGUCUGGGUGACCGUGUGGGCCAUGAUCUGCUUCGUGAUCAGCCUAGCCUCAGCCCUCACCCUGUCCAUCGGGGGCGGGCGCGUCAAGGCUCGCCCCCUCAUCAGCCUGGCCCUGUGCUACUGCAUGGUGAGCGCCGGCUGGGCGCUCCGCAUGUUCUCGGGCCGCAUGUCGCCCUACUGCUCCUCGGCCGCCGCCCCCGAGGACGGUCUCUCCAACGUCAACUGUGCCUUCGUCUUCCUGCUCAUCUACUACUUCGGCAUGGCCGCCAACGCCUGGUGGGUCUGCCUGUGCGCUUGGUGGGUCGCCCGCGUGGGGCUGUCCUGGUCCCCCGAGAGGCUCCGCAGCCUGGGCUCCGCGCUGCACGUGUGCGCUUGGAGCGUCCCCGCCGCCCAGACCGUCGCCGCCCUCGUGCGCCGGGACGUGGACUCCGACGAACUCACCGGCACUUGUUACAUCGGCAACCGCAACUCCACAACCCUUCUCGCCCUUGUGCUCAUCCCCGACUUCGUCUACUUCCUCCUCGGCGCCUUCCUCCUCGUCCUCGGCUGCGUCUACGUCGUGCGCAAGCCGCGCCCGUCGGCCGCCGCCCCCCUCACCGCCUCCACGCCGCGCAAAGAGAGCGACUUCCUGGGGGCCGUGUGCACCCUCUACGCCAUCCCCACGUUCUGCGUCCUGGCCAGCAUCUACUACGAGUACAGCAACCGGCGGCAGUGGCUCAGCGGCGAGAGCAAACCCGCCCUGUGGGCCUUCCUUCUGCGCCACCUCAUGUCCCUGUUCAUCGGCGUGAGCACCGUGUUCUGGAUCUGGUCCAUGAAGACGGUGACGGCGUGGCGGGCGGUACUGCGGCGGAUGGGCCCGCGCAAGCAGCUCCCGGUCAAGAUGCAGUCCAUGCCGGCCCUGCGGUUCGUGCCGGCGCACCCCAGCGUCAGCAACAUGAGCACCGGCAGCCGGCACUCGGCGCGCUCGCACGCGCACAGGAAGCCGAGGGUGCACCACCUGCGGGGCGGCGGCGAGACGGUCAUCUGAGCCGCCGGCGGCGGCCUGGUGUACAUACGCUGUGAUCGCGGAGCAUGGGAAUGUGCCGAUGUUUAUGGGAUGUCAUAACAUGUCGUUACGUGAUGUAGGAAAAUAAACGUGGAUAUUGAUGUUUACGUGGAGUCUGUGGGAGUUUUUCUCGUGGAGGAAGGAGAGAGACGGACUGCGGGUUUUCAGUACUAGAUUCCUUGUAAAUGUGCCUUGAAUUUUUAACGGAUGUACAUAAAAGUGCCAUUGUUUUGUAGAGCGUCGAGGUUAGGAGCGAGGCGAGGCUUUUAAAUUUCCAGUGUUUUUUAUUUUCGUACUUUUAUAGAUCUUUGUAUUUAUAUUUAUUUAGAUGUAAGGAUGUACAAUUGUUUCAUAUAUGUGAUACGUGUCAAGAUUUUGUAGAUAGUUAAUAAAAUAUAAGAUAAAAAUAA